UGACUGAACCUUCUCAGCUUGAAACGCGUCCCCGCCCCAGUGUUUCAUCAAUGCAAAGAGCCGUCGGCCGCACUUCGAGUUCUCGGUGCACGAGCCUGUCAUGAUCGGAGCUCGCACUCAACGUUCAACACCAGUUGCCAUCGUUGCCUUGUGCUGCAGACUCGUCCUGAUAUGAUGAACUGCGACAGUGUUCGAAGUUGCGCCACGCACCGCGACCAUAUAGUCUGAUGCCUGUACGCGCGCAGACAGACUCAUCUCACUCGCAACCAUGAAGAUCGGUGCAUUGUACAAGCGCACGACCGACUCAGAACAUCGCCAGGGUGCGAGGAAAGCACUGCUGAUUGGCAUCAACUACGACACGCAGGCUUCGCGGGAUCCUGACAGCACUGCCACGGCCUUGCUCAAUUGCCAUCGGGAUAUUGUGGCUAUGCGGAAGCUACUCAUUGAUUGCUACAGCUACAAGGCAUCUGAUAUCGUGGUUAUGCUCGAUGCCGACAACUAUCUGCAGCCUACGCACAACAAUAUGAUCCUUGCUAUGGAUGACUUGGUGAAGGGCGCUCGUCCUGGCGAUCGCUUGGUCUUCAUGUUCGCCGGACACUGUUGUCAGAUUCCAUGUCAUCACCACAGCGAGGCAGACGACUUCGAUGAAGCACUUAUGCCCAUGGAUCAUGAAGGGACGCGAAACAAAGCAAAACUUAUCAUCGACAACCACCUGCGUCAGCGACUCGUGAACCCACUGAGUCCGGGAGUCCGACUUACCGCGAUCCUUGACGCUUGUCAUUCGGGAACUCUCCUCGAUCUAGAUCAUUACAUGUGCAAUAUGGUAUAUACACCUAGGAUCUCUCGUGGACCUCGAGGGUCUGGCUCGUGGAGACAGGCCGUUCAACGCAAGACCGCUAUAGUGCCUCCGCCGCCGCAGAAACAGAAGACAAAACCUCGCCGCCGAUUCUCCGCCCCGCCACGUAUGUCGUCUAUGGACCACAUCUUCUCCGUCUUCCGCGACUCCGUGCCGCAAGUCGACCGCACGCCAACGUUCCUCUCCCAGAGUAGGCUGUCCGUAGUAUCAGAGGCCGAGUCUAGCGACGCCCCCGGUGCGCCUGAACCUCGCAAAGGUCGGGUUAUUGCGCGAGCGACAAGGACCCUCGUCAGACCGUGGAAAGAGGCGUUUGCGUUGGUGAUACGGAGGUAUCAAUCACCAUCGCCCGUGCCUAGCAUACGGUGCGAUGGAUGGUGCGUGCCUACGAGUGCGAGUAUGAAAUCUGUUCCGCGAGUGAUCUCCAUAGCAGCAUGCGGUGACCCACAGCAGACGUGGGAGGAUCCGAGGGGCCGUUCUAUGUCGAUGACUCUCGUAGAAGAACUACGACGUAAUCCGCAUCCUGUGUUGAAGGAUCUUGUUAUGAGACUGAUGCAUGCUCGGGAUAAUGUCUCCCUGCGACUACAUGCCGCUGCAAAGCGACAACGCAAGAAAGGACACGACUCGUCGUGCGUUCUGGACGGCGUCAACUUCCAGGACGUACAGGUUGGAAGCCAAGAGAAAUUGGACAUGGAGGUGAUCGUCUUCGAGUUCUGAUCGUCUCAUUGCCUAGAAGGCGGAAAGUGGCUACUUAGCAUAAAAGCUCUGCGAAGCUGCGUCAGGAUGGAAUUAGGAUACUACUAUUGAUAGAUCUGUAGUUCGUUACGCUAAGCACCACAUAUAAUCGACACGAUCCGCUGCUCCCUUACACCGACACGUG